AUGUCACAUACCGAUUCCAGAACGCCACCAGCAAACGUCGAAUUCUUGACUUCGAUUGAAAUAAGGCUUAUUCUUCGCGAAGCUGUUAUAAAUUGUUCCGAAAGGGGAUUAUACUUUGCAGCGAAAUGGGCCGCCGAAACCUUGGAUGGGCUUCCGACAUCUGAUGAAUCUUCAGAGGAAAUGAAAAUGGAUAUUUCCCACGAUUCAUUUUUUCAACAAAAACAAAAAUCUACAUAUCUUGAUCGAGUCGAAUAUGACAAAUAUCUUCUCGGAAAAUCUUACUUUGAUGUUAAAGAAUUUGAUCGGGCUGCCUUUGUUCUAGAAAAAUGUAGAUCUGCAAAAUGUAGAUUUUUGAGAAUUUAUUCUAAAUAUUUGGCCGGAGAGAAAAGGAAGGAGGAAGAAAGGCAAGAUAUCAUGGGGCCCUUGGAAAACGAAAAGAGCUUAAAUAAAGAAAUUCAAAGUUUGUGGGAAGAGAUGGAAUCAUGGCGUGAAGAAGAAGAGGAAAUGGAUGGGUUUCUAGUAUACCUAUACGGUCUUAUCAUGAAACAAAAGAACCCGCAAUCAAAAGGCAUCAAAGAUAUAUUUUUGGAUUCCGUAUGCAGAUAUCAUUAUAAUUGGAGCGCUUGGUUAGAAUUAGCAAGUUGUAUAACAACUAAAGAUAUGCUAGAAGAAGUUGUCAAUCUACUACCGGAUACAUUUAUGACAAAGUUUUUCAGAAUUUAUAUGUCUGUUGAGUUGUUGGGAACACCACAAAGCUUUAGAGAUUUGGUCGACGCUGAAUUUCGAGAGAGAUUUCCUAACAGUAAAUUUCUACAAACUCAGGAAGCACUGAUGUAUUAUCACAAUAGAGACUAUGCUGGAUCAGAAGCAGUAUUUGAUGAGAUAAUUAAAACUGACCCAUACAGACUUGAAGAAAUGGAUAUUUAUUCAAAUAUCUUAUAUGUGAUGGAAAUGAAAUUUGCAAAGCUAAGUUUUUUAGCACACAUGUGCGCAUUUACAGAUAAAUACCGUUCUGAGACCAUGUGCGUUAUAGGAAAUUAUUACAGCUCGAAAGGGGAUCGUGUUAAGGCCAUUUCAUAUUUCAGAAGAGCAUUGCAAGUGAACAGGAAUUGUUUAUCUGCGUGGACUUUGAUGGGGCAUGAAUACGUAGAAUUGAAAAAUACUCAUGCUGCAGUUAUUUCGUAUAAACGAGCAGUAGAGAUAAAUUCUAGGGAUUAUCGGGCGUGGUGUGGUCUUGGACAAACAUAUGAAUUUCUAAAAAUGCCAUAUUAUGCUUUGUACUAUCUCCAACGUUCCUUGGCAAUAAGACCAUAUGAUGCACGAAUGUGGAUACGGUUAGGGGCGCUUUACGAACAAAUUAAUGUUACUCGCGAGUCGAUUAAAGCCUAUACUCGAGCCCUUUCAUGUACCGAUAUAGAUAUAAAUACUGAAGCUCAAGCUACAGUAAAAUUGGCUUCUUUAUACGCAAAUUCUUCAAAACCUGAUAAAGAAAAAGCUGCGGAACUUUAUACCAAAAUACUUAAACGAAAGGAUUUUCCGAUAGAAGAAGAAGAUAUUAGAGCAGCUGAAUUAUUUUUAAGCGGUUACAAGCAAGAAAAUCAAGAAUUCGCUGGCACAUCGGAUCAAAAUAUGUCUAUUUUGAAUGGCGAGAAAACUGUGAGCACAUAA